AUGGCUGUGAUUGCAGUUCUCUCAAAGAAAAAAUUUAGGAAAAGGAAGUGCAACCUCCCACCAAGUCCUCCCAAGUUACCGAUCCUCGGCAAUCUCCAUCAGCUAAGCAAAUUGCCACACAUAUCCCUCCACCACCUUGCGAGAACUUACGGCCCGAUCAUCUUCUUACAGCUUGGUGAAAUCCCAACCAUAGUUGUUUCCUCAGCUAAAAUGGCGAAGGAGGUAAUGAAAACCCACGACCUCGCACUUUCGAGCCGUCCUCAGAUUUUCUCUGCCAAACGCUUGUUCUAUGACUGCACUGACAUGGUCUUCUCCCCCUAUGGUGCUUAUUGGAGGCAUAUAAGAAAAAUCUGCAUACUUGAACUGCUUAGUGCAAAACGGGUUCAGUCAUACAGUCAUGUCAGGGUAGAAGAAGUUGCUCGGUUAGUUGACCGGAUUACAGAGUCUUAUCCAGGCACCACAAAUCUAACAAAGCUGCUUGGUUUAUAUGCAAAUGAUGUUCUCUGUGGGGUAGCUUUAGGGAGGAAUUUUUCGGGAGGAGGGGACUACGACAGGUAUGGGUUUCAGAAGAUGCUGGAGGAGUAUCAGGAGUUGCUUGGAGGAUUCAGUAUAGGAGAUUUCUUUCCUUCAAUGGAAUUCAUCCAUAGCCUGACUGGGAUGAAAUCAAUGGAAUUCAUCCAUAGCCUGACUGGGAUGAAAUCCAGACUUGAGCACACGUUUCGGCGCUUUGAUGAUCUUUUCAAUGAGAUACUAAGAGAGCAUCAGGAAGAAAAUAAAGCUACGGAGCUGCACAAGUAUCUUGUGGAUGUUUUACUUGAUAUACAGAAGAACCGUUGUGGUGAAAUGCCUCUCACCAGGGGCAAUGUUCAAGCCAUCAUCCUUGAAGAAACCUCUCAUACGGCAGGAACUGAUACAACAUUCAUAACACUUGAUUGGGGAAUGACAGAACUUGUCAUCAAUCAAAAAGCCAUGGAAAGAGCACAAGCCGAAGUACAAAGCGUCCUUGGAGAGAGAAAAUUCGUGCAAGAAACUGACCUACCUCAUCUGCCAUACUUGAAGGCUGUCAUUAAGGAGAUAUUCCGGUUGCACCCUCCUGCUCCAGUGUUAGUCCCCAGAGAAUCUAUGGAGGACAUAACCAUUGAUGGGUACUCCAUCCCAGCAAAAACCCGUUUCUUCGUCAAUGCUUGGUCAAUUGGGCGGGACCCAGAAUCCUGGGUCGAUCCACAAUCGUUUCGACCGGAAAGAUUCCUUAAUGAAAAUAGCAACAUUAACUUCAAAGGACAGGAUUUUGAGCUGAUACCCUUCGGUGCUGGUAGGAGGAGCUGCCCGGCUAUUGCAUUUGGAAAUGCCAGUGUUGAGUUUGCUUUAGCUCAACUUCUUCACAGUUUCGAUUGGGAGCUUCCUCAUGGGACCCAGCCUAAGGAUUUGGAUAUGACCGAAGUUUUUGGCAUCACAAUGCACAGAAUUGCCAACCUCACGGUUGUAGCCAAACCCCACUUCUCCUAGACGACAGCAGAGAC